GCUGGUCUUUUACUAGGUCCUCACAGUCAGUGACGUAAAUCUCCAGCGACUGAGACAUAUUCAAAACAUUAAUCCGUUUGAUAUUUGGGUAUUACGAUCGCUUUUUCUCCAGGAGCAUAAACAUAAUGGCAUUGGAAACGGUCCCCAAAGACCUUCGCCAUCUGCGUGCCUGCCUUCUUUGUUCUUUAGUGAAGACCAUUGACCAGUUUGAAUACGACGGCUGUGACAACUGUGAGUCGUACCUUCAGAUGAAGGGGAACAGAGAGAUGGUUUAUGAAUGCACAAGUUCCUCGUUUGAUGGCGUAAUAUCCAUGAUGAGUCCUGAGGACAGCUGGGUAGCUAAAUGGCAGAGGAUAGGCAACUUCAAGCCCGGUGUAUAUGCAGUGUCAGUGACAGGAAGACUACCUCCAGGCGUGGUGAGAGAGUUGAAAAGCAGAGGAGUGAUCUACAAAUCCAGAGAUACAGCAGUGAAGACAUAAACCUGGCUGCUUCCAAUUGUCUGACUAGCCACACCAGAGUGGUAUCCUACUGCAGCACCAACUCCUGGAAGACAUAACAACAGCGGGACUCAAUUUGAUCAUGUCUGUGAUGUCUUAUAGGACUGCCCUCCAACUGUUCAAUUUUUGUUUGUUGUGAUUAGAAAUAUUAGCAUGCAUGCUUACACGGGGAGAAGUGUUUUUUAUUUCUUUGAUUUAUUAAGAAAAAAAAUAAAGGUCUGUUUUUAUUAGAAA